CGCGAAACGGGAAAACAACCGAGCAGACACUGCUUAAUCUUUCCUCACUGGGCACUGCAUAAAAGAUUUUUGUCUAUUUUAUAAAUCAAAGCAAGCUUUCCAAGCUAUUCGAAAUUGAAACCCAAAGGUAUGUCCUUCAAGAUGUGGAAGCUGUUAUACUUGUUGCUGGUGGUAGUUCUUGCCGGAGAAACCUCCCAAGGCAAGAGCGACUGUGAAGAGCACAGGGAGCGAGAGCUGAAAAGUAACAACCCAGUACGUUUGGUGCCUACAUGCGAUAAAAAUGGCGACUACGAGCCUAUGCAGUGCUUUGAAGACCGCUUUGCUUGUGCCUGUUGGGACAAAGUCGGCAGACCCCUUACGCCAGCCAACUCCACCAUCAAAUCCUGUGACUGCGUUUUGGAGAAUUAUAACGCGAGGAAGCAAGGUUUAUUAGGAGGCUACAUACCGCAAUGUUCUGAUGACGGCAGAUAUGAGAAAGUGCAGUGUCAUGCAGGAACCGGAUUUUGUUGGUGCGCUGACACAAACACGGGGAAAAAUGUGACAAAACCGGCCAGGGGAUCACCGACUUGUUAGAAGACGAAUAAGCCCUGCAAAUAGGCGAAACUAAAAUACAGACCCUAAGAUUCGGUGUUUUAUUUUUGAUGUAGCAUUUUUCAUAUUUAUGUGUUAUUAACUACAUUUGAUUAUA